AUGGCUCGCCUCAGCAGUCUACCGUCUGAGUUGAUCGAGAUGAUAUGCGACUACAUCCGCCCGAUGCAACCGAUGAGAGACCGCUUCGCCAAGACCAAUCAUGAGAACACCCCCAUUGAUAGGGUCCUCCUGCUGGAAUGGCGAUCUCUUAGAGACCUCUCCGUAACCAGCCGAUACUUCCGAAACGUCAUCAUGCACCGUGGCCUCCUCCACCGCACGCUCAUCAUCCGUGACUCCUUUCAUGAGCUCUUCAACCUCCUGAAGCUCUUCAAGUCAGCCCCGGAGCUCGCCCUCGCAGUCAAACAGCUCUAUAUCUGCAUAUCACGGCGUGAUCCCGGUCCGCUGGACCUUGGUCCCGACAACACGCUGCCCAUUCUCAUGGCGAUCAAGGACUUGCGUCUGGACUACGAGGAUGCGAGGCUCAAGAUGCUCUGCAACUAUGGGAGGAUGCCGCAGCCUGACUGGCUCUCCGGCUUUCUAUCCACCUAUGAGGAGAAGUCUAAUCGGAACGCGUCUAUCAGGCGCUACGGCAUCCUCGUCAAGAUCGUCCUGGCGCAGAUGACUAAUCUGGAGGACAUUGGCGUCGAUGUGAGGGACUCGGACCUACUCAGACCUAGGAUCAAUGGGUACGGGUGGUCCCCUCGCGAGUUCAUCCCGAACCUCUCUCAGCUAAGGGCUAUUUCUCUUAGGGGGUCCCAAGCGAGCGGUCUAGGAAGUCAUGAUCUGGACUUCCUGAUGAGAUUGGGACCCGUCAAACAUCUCUACAUCGACACCAUGAACUCGAAAACGAGCACCUUAGAAUGGAGAUACAAUCCAUUCUCUUUUUUGUUGGGCGUCCUGGACAACGUCACUACGCUCAUUCUCAGCGACAGCACGUUCGUCCCCAAGGGACUAGAAAUCAUCCUCCAUCGUUGCGCACCGCUUUCAACCUUCAAGUACAGCGUCACCAGUACACGGACACCAAGUCUCUCCCUGCCUUCUCAAGUCGUCGCCGUUCUGGGAGCCUGCCAUGGCAAAACCCUCCGUACACUCUGCCUCAGAUUCCUGCCCAUCGGCGGCAACAACUACGUCAGCGGAUCCUCCACCUCCGACAAUUUGAUCGACGCUCUGCGGGGAUUCGACGUUCUGGAAAGUCUUUGGGUCGAUCUGGAUGCCGUGGCUGGAGGCAGUGAGAGGCGUCCCGCAGCAUCUCAACCGGCAAACCUCCCCUCGCUGUCUUGGAUCAUCGGCCCGCCUGAGCACUUCGUUGCAAGCCUGCCUCGAACCCUGAAGAGAGUCUUCCUCUGUGUCCCAGAUAGGACCAACGGAUGGGACGAUAGUGUCGUUUGGCUGGCGCGCGCAGCAGACGAGUUCCCUGGUCUGACUGACAUACUUUACUACACCGCGUUCCGAGGAUACACUUUCCGUAUGAUUAGUAGAAGGCCUGUCAGGUGUCCUUAUGUGCCGGUGCUGCAGUGGGAUUAA